AUGUUCAGAACGAGAACUGUGUGCAUCCAGCGGGCGGCAUCCGUUCUGCCAACAACAACCUCCACCAUCCUCCCAAGAUCAGCCAAAUACCCCACCAUCUCCGCCCUCCGAACCUUUUACUCCUGGAACGUCCCAGCCGACACCCCCCGCACAACCCUCGACGACGGCUCCGUCCUCAUCCAACGCCAUCACAAAGCCCCGGCGCCCCAAGUCUUACCGGCCUCCACACUCAACAACCUCCCCCCAGCACUGCGCCCGCCACACCCAGCGAGCAGCACGGAAAUCACCGCGGCGCAGCUGGCUGAACUGCAGAAGCUCCGUCGGGAGGACCCGGACACGUGGACGGUGACGCAGCUGGCGCGCAAAUUCAACGUGCCCCCUGCGUUGGUUAUGCGGGAGGCGAAGUGCCCGCCGGCUCGCAAGCGCAUGAUUGUGGCGACGGAGAGGGAGAGGUUUGAGAGGAUGAGCAUUGCGAGGAAGGUUAGGGCUGUGGAUCGGAUUAGAAGGAAGGCUUUGUGGUAAAGCGAGAUUAGACGGAAAAUCGCCGGCGGGAGGAGUGGAGAUGAUGGGUCAGAGUCGGGUCGCCCUGGAUCAAAGGAUGGUGUUACAAGCCGCAAAAUGCUUCCCCUAGAGGGUGAGUCGGGGAGACGAAGAGCAUACCACGAAGGGUCCCUUUGGAUGGCAUGCAUCGACCUCCACAUUCCCCUUUGGCGCAUGGACGUCUCUAGGCGGGGGAACGCUCGAUCCAUGCCCAUCCAUGCCCAUCCAUGCCGGUAUUUGCAUCGAUGAGGAUCCGCAGUCCCCACCCCGCCAAACCAUUUGUAUAGACUAGAAUCUACCAGUCUCGCUUCCCGUCAACUUGUACGUCCCCCGUGUACUCAUACUUCCUUAUCAACUGUGUUGCCGAAUAAGGGUCAAGAUCGGGAUGUACUGUAUGUA